UGCGUAGUGCGCCAACGUAACGCGGCGAGGCUUAAAGAGACAACGGUGAAAUCAUAGCAACUUGGGGACAAGAGAAACCAAACGAGAAACGACCGAAGAAACCAUGACUUCGACUGCGUUUCGAUAGCUAACACUUAAAGAUAACCAGCUGACGUCAAACGCGCUACGGUUUCUCUGACUCCAGGUUGCAUCCUCUGCCGUGGGCCCCCGCAACAUGGAGAGCGCCCACUGUGUCACUGAAGGCUGACCAGAAGGAAUGAGGAACUCCCGGAGAUGUUCCCAAGUGGCCUUGUGGAUGCAGUAGCUGGGUGUCGGAGUGCUUUUUUAUGACUGGUAUUGCAUGUGUGUCCGUGGGCACAUCCUUGCAACCGGCUGCCUAUCGCUCAGGCGGGGACAUGCUACUUUGAGACUGGAGCUAAGAAACACACAAGAAAAGAAAGGAGCCCCUCUGGUAAACAAGGAGCACAAAGAGGGGAAAAAAGGGAAAAAGCUGCCCGAUAGACACACGGGCCACUUCAGCCGCGGUUCAAGUGUCCUCUGAGCCACUGCACAUUUUUAACAGCGACACCUCUUCCUUGUCCUCUUGAGACUUGUCUCCCUCUCCCCUCUCCCCGAAAAAAAAAGCAACCUCCAACGUUGUUAUUGGAGUUUCUAUGGUUUGCAUGGCUGGAGAAUAACCGUGGAGAGGCCAGGGUAUCACAAGCUUAUGGAUUUUGAUAAGAGAGGGGGCAAGGGAGAGACCGAGGAAGGAAAAAAGAUGUCUAAGACGACAGGCGGCAGGACUGGACAUGGGGGCAGGAGUUCGGGGACCAAUUCGGGAGUUCUUAUGGUCGGCCCAAACUUCCGCGUGGGCAAAAAAAUCGGCUGCGGGAACUUUGGAGAGCUGCGGCUGGGGAAAAAUCUCUAUACUAACGAAUAUGUGGCCAUCAAAUUGGAACCUAUAAAGUCCAGGGCGCCACAGCUCCAUUUGGAGUAUAGAUUUUACAAACAGUUGGGAAGUUCAGAGGGAAUCCCUCAGGUGUACUAUUUUGGUCCUUGUGGGAAAUACAACGCCAUGGUGCUGGAGCUGCUUGGGCCCAGUCUAGAGGACCUGUUUGACCUCUGCGACCGCACCUUUUCCCUCAAGACCGUCCUCAUGAUAGCCAUACAACUGAUCACACGGAUGGAGUAUGUGCACACCAAGAGUCUGAUCUACAGAGAUGUGAAGCCGGAAAACUUUCUGGUCGGGCGGCCAGGAAGCAAGAGGCAGCACACCAUCCACAUCAUCGACUUUGGUCUGGCCAAAGAAUACAUAGACCCCGAGACCAAAAAACACAUCCCCUACCGGGAGCACAAGAGUCUGACCGGGACGGCGCGCUACAUGAGCAUUAACACGCACCUGGGGAAAGAGCAAAGCAGAAGGGAUGAUUUGGAGGCGCUGGGUCACAUGUUCAUGUACUUUCUCCGAGGAAGCCUCCCCUGGCAGGGCCUAAAGGCUGACACUUUGAAGGAGAGGUAUCAGAAAAUCGGGGACACCAAACGAGCGACGCCGAUCGAGGUGCUCUGUGAAAGCUUCCCCGAAGAGAUGGCCACCUACCUGCGCUACGUGAGGAGGCUGGACUUCUUCGAGAAGCCUGAUUACGAUUACUUGAGGAAGCUCUUCACCGAUCUGUUCGACAGGAACGGCUACGUCUUUGACUACGAGUACGACUGGGUCGGCAAAACACUCCCCACACCGAUAGGCCCCAUCCCCAGCGACACGCCCCUGCAGCCCAGCAGCAGAGACAAAGCACAACAGCAGACCAAAAACCAGUCACCUGAGCCCAAAGGAAGCGAGUCUCAGCCCACUCCCGUGACCAAUAAGGAGACUCUGGGGUCGCACCUCACAGCUGAGCGGCUGGGGGGCUCUGUUCAGGUGAUGAGCUCGACGAACGGCGAGUUGAACACUGACGAUCCCACGGCCGGACACUCCAACGCCCCCAUCACGGCCCCCACCGAGGUCGAAGUGGCCGACGAACCCAAGUGCUGUUGUUUCUUCAAGAGGAGAAAGAGGAAAGCCCUCCAGAGGCACAAGUGAAAGAAGAGAACGCAGAGAACUUGAAACAUUGUGGUCACUGUCAAGUUUUAAAUGGAAGCAACUACACAGACACCCCCCCCCCCCCUCCCUUCCUCCCCUUCCUCCCUCCCUCUUCAUCCUUUACCUCCUUCCAGCUUCCUCCCCUCACCUCCUUACCUCUCCCCCCCUCACCCGUCCCUUAUCACCAUGAACCUGUUCCCCCCUCGCGCUCUCUCCUCCUCCUCCUCCUCCUCCUCCUCCUCCUCCUCCUCCUCCUUCCCUUCUUCUUUCUCACUUCCCGGCUACUGGCUACGAGUUAAAGGAAUGUUGCGGCCCCACUGACUCCACAACAGACUCUUGAUUCCUUUUACUGAUUAAAAAAUAAACAUACCUGCAUUGCAACGGGGGAAGGUGUGUUUCGAGGAGGAGGAGGAUGGGGAGGAGGAGGAGGAGGAGGAGGAAGGGGGAGACGGGAGCUUGAGGAAAAAGUUUAAAAAAAAAAAGAAGAAAAAAAAAAAGCUGUAACAAUGAAACUCGAAUACCGUGGCGUGAAUAUGAAAAAAGAUACUGUUUGAAACAGUUGUUGUAUCUAGAUUCCAUAAAGAACGUUGUAUUGUUCGAACAGUCGGCUUCGUUGAUCAGGGGAAAACAUUCGAGUUGAAAGAAAGAAAUCUGCUCCUUUAGGAAAUUGUUAAUUUUUAUUAUUAUUAUUAUUAUUAUUAUUAUUUUCUUCUUUGGUGUGUGCUCUGGGAUCAAGGUAAAAGAGGAAAAACAAAGGUGAACUAUGCUGAUGUUGAAUCUGAGAGACACAGGAAGCAUUUCAUCUAUAAAACAGAAUUCAGAGGAUUUUUAUGUAUUUUGUUUUUUGUCUUUUUUUUUUUUUUUUUUUUUUUUU